AUGGCCACUUCACAUCCAGAUUUUAUUCCAAUUAAAAUGGAAACCUUUAUUGAAGGUGAAAGUGAACCAAGAAUAGUUCAAGUUGCAGGUAAUGAUAAAAUUGAAUUUAAAAUUCCAGGAGGAGUUAAAUAUUAUACAAAAUUUUAUUUUCAAGUUAAAAAUAGAAAAUUAGAAAAUUUAUUAUAUAAACAAAUUGUUAAAAAAGGUGGUGUUACUAUAAGAUCAAGAGAAAUUCCUUUAGGAAGUUAUGAACCAAGUGAUGAAAUUCAUACUAUUGAUUUUCCAGAAGAUGAAACUCCAGGUGGUUGGUUAAUGAGAGCAACUUAUUAUGCUACUUCUACUUAUUCUGCUGGUGAUGAAAUAUUAAUUGUAAAUGAUUGGACUUUAGAGAUUACUAAAUAA